GGGAAACAGCAAGAUUCGGACAAAGCACACACGGCCCAAGACGGCGACUUCCAGCCCAUUUAACAACACGCACGAUGGAUCAUCAGCGCACGCCUCUCUGCCGAGCACUCGGCGCAUAACAGCACCACCGCGCCGCGCCGCCGCCACCCCCUUUCCCGUUCGUUCCCAGGACGAGUCGCAGCAGCCGGCCAGCCGCACAGAGUGGUGGAGCCUAGGAACAGAGGAGGCGCCGAGCCAUCUCCGCAGCCUGCUACCGGGGAACGGGCGGGAACGGACUCUAACUUAGAGAGAGCGCGGGCGAGAGAGGUCAACCGCAGCCGGAGGCGAUGGAGGUGGUGGCGCUGGUGAGCGGCGGAAAGGACAGCUGCUUCGCCAUGAUGCGAUGCAUGGACUACGGCCACAAGGUUGUCGCUUUGGCUAAUCUUAUCCCCCUCGACGACACCGUCGAUGAGCUCGACAGCUACAUGUACCAAACUGUUGGGCACCAGAUUGUGGUGAGCUACGCGAAAUGCAUGGGCUUGCCUCUUUUCCGGAGGCGCAUUCGCGGAUCCACAAGGGAUCAGGGUCUCAGGUACAGUGUCACGGCAGGUGAUGAGGUAGAAGAUAUGUUUGCUCUGUUGAGCGAGGUUAAACGUCGAAUCCCAUCCAUCAGCGCGGUGUCGUCAGGUGCAAUCGCAUCCGAUUACCAGAGGCUCCGGGUUGAGAGUGUUUGCUCGAGGCUGGGCCUGGUCUCGCUGGCGUAUCUAUGGAAGCAGGAUCAGACUUUGCUCCUAGAGGAAAUGAUAAGGAGGGGCAUUGUGGCAAUAAUUGUGAAGGUUGCUGCACUGGGGCUGAAACCUUCUUCCCACUUAGGUAAAGAACUGGCUGAACUUAAGUGUCAUCUGCUCCAAAUGAAUGAGAAUUAUGGAAUCAAUGUCUGUGGUGAAGGUGGAGAAUAUGAAACACUAACUCUUGACUGCCCUCUAUUUCGUAAUGCAAGAAUUAUUCUUGAUGACUCUGAAGUGAUACUCCACUCUGCUGAUUCCAUUGCUUCUGUUGGAAUUCUUCAUCCACGGGCGUUUCAUCUUGAGCAGAAGCCAGAUUCAUCUGAUAGAAUUGGGGAUGGUUCUGCCGUUCAAGAGAGUUCUAGUUGUGUAUAUGAGGUUGAUGAAGUUACCACUCACGAUGAUGUGGGAGAAAAACAGGCCCUGAGUCCAGCUGUUGAUGCUUACACCAAUGUUGACCUAUGUAUCUCAAAGACAGGGAACAAUUUGCGUUCAAUGAGCUGUUGGAUUCAGGAUCCAUCCAGAGCUUCGGAAGGCCUGAAGGCAGACCUUAUAGCAGUUUUGAGCAGAAUUGAAAAUCAGCUCAAGGAAGAAGGGUUAGGUUGGGUGAAUGUUUUGUACGUUCACCUCUACAUUUCAAGCAUGAAGGAAUUUGGAUUGGCCAAUGAAGUUUACGUCAGCUUUAUUACGGAAAAGAAAUGCUACCUGGGUGUUCCUUCGCGCAGUACAAUUGAAUUGCCACUAGUUCAGGCUGGGUUGGGCAAAGCAUAUGUGGAAGUCCUAGUUUCAAAUGAGGUGGUAAAGAGAGUUCUACAUGUGCAAAGCAUCUCCUGCUGGGCUCCUAGCUGCAUUGGACCUUAUAGCCAGGCAACUCUUUAUGAAGAUAUUCUUUAUAUGGCUGGUCAGCUGGGCCUUGACCCUCCUACGAUGAAGCUCUGUCUUGGAGGUCCAAGAGCGGAACUAGAAUUAGCACUACAAAACAGUGAAGCUGUGGCCAAUGCCUUUAGCUGCUCAAUCUAUAUCUCGGCAAUACACUUUCUGGUGUACUGCUCUGCUCAGUUGACGUCCAGCGAGAAGGAAGAAAUUGAACAGACAUUGAAGAGUUCUUAUAUUACUCGUUUGGAUCGCUCAAAAGGUGGAUCAUAUCCAACUGUUCUGUACGUAUUCGCGUCAGACCUUCCGAAAGGGGCACGUGUGGAGGUAAAGCCUAUACUGUAUGUCCCUUCCACUGAUGAUUGGGUUGCUGCCGAAGAGACGGAGACCGGAGUUCCACUGCCAGCACCGAGCAAAACCUGGACUGAUUGUACCGCACCAUACUCUGCGUUGCGCGAUUCGUGUUGCCAGGUCCACACAACCGGCGGGAGAAUUUGUUCCGCCGUGGUGUCGAUCACAGAUGACAUCGCAUCGAAGAUCUGCUCUGCAGCUGGACAGCUGCACCACGGAGAGGAGAAUCUGAAAAUAAUGGCUAGAUUCUGUGCUUUCCAGAUCGCGAAGACCCUGGCAGACAACAGAUUUUCCUGGGACAGCGUAACGAUGUUGAGGCUCUACUACUCGGUAGAUCUCGCCGUGGCGGCAGAUGCAGUGUCCGGAGCAUUUUCCGAGGCCUUGGCCGAGCUUGCCCAAGACAACCCUUCCAUGAGAACUGACGUUCCUUUCUACAACGUUGUGCCCGUAGCCGGAGCUGGCCGCUCUGCGUGUGCCAACGACAUAAUGGCGUGCGAGUUACUGGCAUCCAACGUCUCCAGUGCGAAGUCCAUACCAGCCGAACCGUUCGCUGUGACGCCUGCUUGAAUGCAGCUUUCCUUCGGAAAUUGGAGGUGGGCGCACGUUGGAAUUUCUGCCAGAGGAGCCGGUGGCCAGUCAACUGCCAGUUGGACGACGACGGUUGACCAGCUUCUCUAGGGCUGGCGGCGGUAGCUUCGUUUCUGUGCUGGCGGUCGAUUAAAAAAAAAGACCGUACGGUGAUCAUCACAGAUGCACCCAUACUGUAUUAUUCUGUUUCAGCGUCCUAUACAAAGUAUACAUUGGGUCUGAAUUCUGAUUAGCCUGUGCUGAUGCUUGCAAUGACAUUGGUUCUUCUGUGUACAGACUACGGACAGAGUCCCGGUCAGUAACGUGUGUGUACUUGUUCUUCCUCUGUGUUGACAUUCUUGCUCGAUGGUGGAACCUGUCGCAGUUGGCGGAGGUGAAGCCGCGUAGCUCACUUAGGUCUGCCAAACACUUCACUUCUUAGAUUGUUUCUGUGGAAAUCGCUUCUGAUGAAUGCAAAAUCAAUUAAGUCGUCC